AGAUCGGCUUCGAAAUGGGAAGAAUUUGUCACGUGAUAUGCUUGGUGUUUGUGGCGGUGUGGGCGGGGCCAGUUGCGGGUCAAGGAGACCUAUUGGCCCUCGAGAGCUCAGUGGGCGGGGCCAUGUCUGUAGUCCCGCCCCCUGAAGAAGUGGACACCAACAUGUUGAUGCCCGAACACCGAGGGGAACGGAUGCCAGGAGCGAACAUUCGGAGGCAGUUUGAUGUUCAGCAACCGGCUCGCCCUCCUUCGUCGCCUGCAAGAAGCCCUCUGACCGGCAUCGCCCAACAAGCCGGCGAAUACAUGAGGCGAAUCAGCGACUACUUCUACUGGUUCCUCUCUGGCAGCCCACCAAUCACGCGCAAGAAGACAAGUGUCCGUUAUCAGCAGCGACCAGUCAGGACCCAGCAACAGUUUGAGAAAGCACCAAUCAGACGCCAGUACAACCAGAGGAGACAGCCAAUGAGAAGGAAGCAACAGCGUCAGGCCAAUAGCCAGCCUGUUUACAUUCGAGGCCGGAAGGUCGAGGAACAGAACAGCAUGGAGUCUCACUACCCGUAGGAGAGGGAAGAAGAAAGAAGAAGGAGAAGGAGAAAACAAGGAAAAGAAGAAGAAGAAGAAGGGCGAAGGAGAAAACAAGGAAAAGAAGAAGAAGAAAACAAAAGAAGAAGAAGAAGAGGAGGAAGAAGAAGGAGAAAACAAAGAGAAGAAGGAGAAAACAAAAGAAGAAGAAGAAGAAGAAGAGGACGAAGAAGGAGAACAAGCAAAUAAAAGCCAAGUACUUUUAUGAUAUCGGUGGAAUAAAGAACUUAGACGAAGUUUGAAAAAAAAAGAAUAAACACGAGGAAUGGGAAAAUUGUGAAUAACAAACAAAAUGGGGAAAGAAAUACAUAUAUAUUUUUGUUUUUGUUUUUGUUUUUUUAACUAAAAUCAUUCAUAUUAUUCAUUAUGAUUUUCUUUAAUUGUUUAG